CGAAGAUGGAGUGUCCAAGUGUAUGGCCUUAAUCCAAGACCUGCUGAAGGAAAUCCAGGAGCUCAAAGAGUCCAGAGACGAUCUGAGACAGGAAGUUAAUGCUCUGAACGGUCAGCUCAGCCAGCUGAACAUGAAAGAGUUGGUGGACCGUAUCAUUGCUAUGGAGCAUUAUUGCCACCAAGUGGAAGAUCUGGACAACACUACAAAAGAGCUGAAGGACAAGAUGGCCCAGUACCCUGUUCCAGAGGAGCUCACGCAGUGUGUCACAUGGGAAGUGAUGCAAGCUGCGCUCAUCAGCGAGAGGCAGAAGAUUCAGGAGGCACGUCCAGCUGGGUUGCAGGACACCCUCUCCGCCGCUGAAAACAUUGCACCCGUUCACCCUUUGAACCUGGGUACCCCGUUCAAAGACGACAGAGCGGGUACUGGUGGCACAACUGGUGUAGAUCUCUCUCGUCGGGUUUCUCCUCCCCAGCAGUCACUGUCUGACGGGGCUCUGUGCACUGUGACGGACCGCCGACUGUCCCGGGUCAGCAUUUGGGCCGAGCGCUACCCGGAGACCGUAGAGGCUCUGAUGGAGGUGGGCAGGCUGAGAGACAGGCACGAGAGUCUGGAGGCCCGUGUGGGGCAGCUGGAGGCAAACAAGGCUGAUCAGACCCAGUUUCAACAUCUGCGUGAUCUUUUCACUGCCAUGGAAGAGAGGCAGAUUCCUGACCAUGUCCCGGAGCAGCUGAAUCAUCUGAGGACUCUUGUGGACAGUCUUCUAGCAGAUAAAGAGAAGAACACUGAUCUGGUGAGUGAAGUAGAGGCAGCCAUACUGCAGCUGCAGUCCAAGUGUGAGAAACUCCACAGAACAUCCAACCACCUGACCGAGGAACACGGCAAGAAACAGACACACAUCGAUCAUCUGUUCAAGAUUGUGGAGGAACUGGAUGAAAAGAAAGCUGACAAGGAAGUGGUGGAAAUGGAGAUUGAAAUCAAAGCUGACAAACGGGCUCUGGAGAGCAAGGUGAGCCGCAUGCAGUUCGACAGCAUGACAGAGCAGCUCAAUAACGUGUUACAGGAUCUGCUGAGUAAGAUCGGCGGUCAGGAGCAGGACUGGAACAAGGUCAUCGAGAAGAUCUCCACUGAGAUGGACUGCAAGUUGAACCGGAUUGAGCUGGAUCCUCUGAAGAAACAGCUCGAUGAUCGCUGGAGGACCAUCCAUAAGCAUCUGCAGACACCUCCGAUCCCCGAGCAGGACGACGCCGCUGGACUCAGGAAACAGUUAGUGGCCCGGUUUCACUGCAUCUCCUGUGACCGUCCAGUGGAUAUGAUGACACCAGGACAGCACUUGGUGACUCUGCCCUCUGCCCCAGGACUGCCCUCUCACAAGUCCAGCCGGCCCUACACUGUGUAUGAGCUGGAGCAGGUGCGACAGCACUGCAGGAGUGAGAGGAUCCCAGAAAUGGCCGAUUACAGUUACCUGGCCCGUAGCUGUGGGGGCAGCCACACCCUCACCUACCCCGGCCGCCGCUACACCCGCCUUCAGCACAUCACCCACCUGAUCCAGAACGAAGAGGACAGUCGGCCCGUGUCCUCUGGACCACCCGCACAGGCAGCGGAGGUGGACAUCUUAGGUUUGGAUGGACAGGUCUACAAGGGCCGAAUGAGCAGCAGAACAGUGAGGCUCUCCGAGACCAGAUUUCCCACCAUCUCUCCUCGAGAAG